AUGGCUGUGGACUUCACUCUGGAAGAGUGGCAGCAAAUGAAACUUGCUCAGAGAAACUUGUACCGCCAUGUGAUGUUGGAGAACUAUAGCAACCUAGUUACAGUAGGCUGUCAGAUCACCAAACCAGAUGUCAUCUUCAAGUUGGACUGCCAAUACCCUGAUUAUGCAGUUGCCCUUAUAACUGCAAAUGGAUACAAUUUUCCCUUUGCAGUAGAACCAUACAAAUGUGGCUUUGAAUUUGAAACCAAAUGA